AUGCCACAAGCCAGUUAUUUCAUGGAAUUGGUUCACGGAGAGGGCCCACAACAGAACCAAGUGACUCAAGCUAAGGAUUUCUACGAGUUCCGUUUGAGAUGUCCGAUCGUUUCGACAAGAGUUAUCAGUCUUCCUGAGAAGAAGCAGUUGCACAUCAAUCAGGAAUUUUUUCCACGACCUAUCCGACUGCUGGAAUUCCAAAAUUCCCAAGAUCGGAAAAAGGUUUUGGGCGUAGAACAUCUGAAUAUACUGUACUGUAAUACGAAGUUCUACAACUUCGAAAACCUCCAACUUUAUAUCGCCCAUCGAGAAAUCAGCUCAGGAACUUUAUCAAUCACUUUGGAAAAUGAGAUUGAUAAAAAGUUUGUGUGUAGCCUUAUGCAGUCUCAUAACGUCAGCACAUGCUUCUUGGAGGACAAAUGCGACCCUAGCGUCCGAACCAUUCAUCUAAAAAGCUUCCCGAAAAACCUUGUCUCCCUGGAUGAUCGAGAAUUUUACAUUCGGCGUGUCUGCAAGAAGAAUCUAGUGGAAUUGGAAACGCUGGACAGGCUUGAGGAUCCCGGUCAGUUCCACCUGAUGAGCCAAGACCUGACCAUCUGCAUUCAAAGGGAAUUGGCUAGGAUCACCAACAUGAAGGAUCACUGGACAGUCCAACACAUCAGCAAUUCUGACUAUACAGAUGACAAUUUCGGGAUGAUUGGACUUGAAGGAUGGGCUUUUGAAGCUGUCAGAACCGCUUCGGAUCGAUUAACAGAGAUUUUGAAGGCGAUAGAAUUGCCAUCAGAAGAGUUGACUUUUGGAAUUGGAGAGGCUUUUACUAGAAGCCUAGCUUCAAGCUUUGAAGUUACCGUGGACAUUGAUAAGUUCAAUCAGAAGCUUCAGAUCUAUGGUAGCCAAAAAGAAGAAAUCAAGAGGAAUCUGGAAAAAUCUCCUGGCGUGGUUCAAGUCGCAUCAAAAAUCCCAGUUUGCUUUCCAUACCUCAACAAGCAGAUUCUCAAAAUUCUUAAUCCAAAAAUUUUGGAAAACCUAGGAAAAUCCUUAGGCGCCACGAAGCUUCAAUUCAACGGUUGCUCUCGAGAAAUCGAACUCGAAGGAUCUCUCCUCGCUUACCAGAUGCUUUUGGAGGGAUUGAAAAAAGUCAGCGAUACAUUUUUUGUCUUGGAAACCACAACCCAAGGAUCCAUCGAGUGUCCCGCCUGCUGCGUGCAAAUCGGAGUAUCCAAAGACUUUCUCCGUUUUCAAUGUGGUCAUACGAUGUGUAGAGGAUGUGCCAACACUAUGGUCCGGUCCAAGAUAAGUGAUAACGAGAUGAGAAUUCAGUGUUUGGAAUGUGAGGCUCAGAUGGAGCCAAGAGAAAUGAUGACAUUCAUCCUUGGAGAAAACUUCAUUCAGGUGACUCAAGACACCAAAAUCAAAUACCUCGCGAAUGAUAUGAGAAAUGCCCUAGUCAACUGCGACCCCAAUUCGGGAUUCUGCACUACCGUAGACUGCCCUGGAAUCUUCUUCAAGGGACCUGUGGAGCAAUUGUGCAAGGAAUGCUUCAAACCCUAUUGUGGACAAUGCUUCGAAGAACACCCCCUGAAAACUUGUUAA